UUACCUCCGCGUGCGCAUGCGCGGUUGGGAUCCUUGCCUGCUGGAGGGAGGGCGGACGAUGGCGGCGGCCUCGCUGUGGAAAGGGCUCGUCGGGGUCGGGCUCUUCGCCUUGGCACACGCGGCCUUCUCCGCCGCCCAGCAUCGUUCCUAUAUGAGACUAACGGAAAAGGAAGACGAAACCUUGCCAAUAGAUAUAGUUCUUCAAACACUGCUGGCCUUUGCGGUUACCUGUUACGGGAUAGUACACAUUGCAGGAGAAUUUAAAGACAUGGAUGCGACUUCAGAGCUAAAACAUAAGACAUUUGACACAUUGAGGAACCACCCCUCCUUCUAUGUGUUCAACCACCGGGGCCGAGUCUUAUUCCAGUCCCCGGAUGCCGUCCAGCCGCCCUCCUCCAAGCAAGACGAGUUAUUCGGCGCAUCACUGAAAUUGCGAAAACUUGAACCUCUCCGCCGUUAAGAUUUUUACAGAAGAUUCUAAACCUAGGACACUGAGCUAUAUAAUAUUUGAGUUUGUGGGGUGUAAGCACUCUUCUUUUUUUUUAAUUUCUGGAGCAGUAUUUAUAUUGAUCUUCCAGACUUUAUAAGAGAUAUAUUAUAUAUAAAUAUAUAGAAAACGAUAUUGAGAAAGGACCUUCUCUGAACACUGUUAACGACAAUUACCGCGUCGUGAAUUGGGCAAACGGUGUAAACAAUGGCUGGAAUUAUGCUAUGAAAAAGAAAAUUCACACAUGCCACCUUCUUCCCUUUCAUCCAUUAAAACACUAUUGCAGUUGACUCCCUGAAAACAAUUUAGUCCCUGCUGCAAACAAAGCCAAAUUGUUUUUUUCAAUGCAGUCGAUAAGCACAGAGAAAGGGGGCAUUGGCUUGUUGAAUGUGAAGGAAGGAGGUGACAGUGUGCUGUGUCUGUCCCCUUUCCCCGUUGAUGGAAGACAAAUGAUUGUGUUAUUUUUGCGUCUUUGACACUUUGGGAUCGAUAUUGGGGCCGCUUAUGUGAUACGAGUUGUAUUGCAAAAGGCAGAGCUGUUCAAGACAGACCGUGCUGAAAUGGGAACUCAACCCAAAGCGAUGCUAGUAGGCAAACACUAUUGGUCUGUGCCUUGAAAUACAAGUUGGAAGGAUGUUGAACAAAGAUGGGCCUACUUUUUGGUGAUCUGGCUUCAUAUGUAUGUAUGUAUGGCGCAACCGGAUCAUUGCAUGGCCCAGGAUUGUAUGCCCAGGCAAGGGUAAGAGAACGUCAACGAACGAAUGGCUUGGACACUCAAGGAAAGCUCACUUAUGUUCCUCUUGUUGUCAUGUUUUGUUCUUCGUCUCUCAAGGACACAUUUUAAACUCAGUUUCUGUAUUUGUUCUAUCUUAUUUGGAAAGGAGAACUUGCAUUCUUGUUUGCCCAACUGAUUUCCACAAGAUCAGACGGGUUCCACCUAAUGACCAGGGAGGCAGGAACAAAGUCCUUUCACAUCUUGGACAUUUUCUCCAUAGAGAGGUUCUUUCCAUUGCGAAAGCAAGGGAUAUGCCCUCUACCACUUUGCAAAGUGUGGCAUCACAAUAUUGUAGCUUUAUUUUUUUGAAUCUCUAGCAAAAGUCACCAACCCAGAGAAUGGAGUCCUUAUCUAACCAGUCUAGAGGUCUUGGAUGUUGUCAUUUUCUGUUGUUGACUACAAUACCCAAAGCCCUGGCCAUCCUGAGCUACGGAUAAUGGGAUUUGCAAUCCAACAACAACUAGAGAGCAGCCGUUAAUGCUUUCCUGCUCUUUGUGGAGAUGAGAGAGCGUUACAUGUACGGCGUAACCAGAUAAUUGUACAGCAUCAUUGUGAACGGAAGUGGAAUUUAAGUGGCCCUCCGGAUGUCGUUGACUACAAUACCCAAAGCCCUGGCCAUCCUGAGCCAAGGAUAAUGGGAUUUGCAAACCAACAGCAACUAGAGGGCAACCAUUUAUCCUUUCCUGCUCUUUGUGGAGAUGAGAGAGCGUCAUUGUGUAUGGCGUAACCGGAUCAUCGCAUUGCGUCGUUGUGAACGGAAGUGGAAUUUAAGUGGCCCUCCAGAUGUCGUUGACUGCAAUACCCAAAACCCUGGCCAUCCUGAGCCAAGGAUAAUGGGAUUUGCAAUCCAACAACUAUAGGGCAGCCAUCUAUCCUUUCCUGCUAUUUGUAGAGAUGAGAGAGCAUUAUCUGCAUGGCGUCGUUGUGAACGAAAGUGGAAUUUAAGUGGCCCUCCAGAUGUCGUUGACUACAAUACCCAAAGCUCUGGCCAUCCUGAGCCAAGGAUAACGGGCUUUGCAAUCCAACAACAACUAGAGGGCAGCCAUUUAUCCUUUCCUGCUCUUUGUGGAGAUGAGAGAGCGUUAUAUGUAGGGCGUAACCAGAUCAUUGUAUAGCGUCAUUGUGAACGGAAGUGGAAUUUAAGUGUCCCUCCAGAUGUCGUUGGCUACAAUACCCAAAGCCCUGUCCAUCCUGAGCCAAGGAUAACGGGAUUUGCAAUCCAACAACAACUAGAGGGCAGCUGUUUAUCCUUUCCUGCUCUUUGUGGAGAUGAAAGAGCAUCAUGUGUAUAGCGUAACCGGAUCAUUGCAUGGCGUUGUUGUGAACGGAAGUGGAAUUUAGGUGCCCUCCAGAUGUCGUUGACUACAAUACCCAAAGCCCUGGUCAUCCUGAGCCAAGGAUAACGGGAUUUGCAAUCCAACAACAGCUAGAGACCAGCCUUUAUCCUUUCCUGCUCUUUGUGGAGAUGAGAGAGCAUUAUGUGUAUGGCGUAACCGGAUCAUUACAUGGCGUUGUGAAUUUAAGUGGCCCUCCAGAUGUCGUUGACUACAAUACCCAAAGCCCUGGCCAUCCUGAGCCAAGGAUAAUGGGAUUUGCAAUCCAACAACAACUGGAGGGCAGCAGUUUAUCCUUUUCUGCUCUUUGUGGAGAUGAGAGAGCGUUAUAUGUAUGGCGUCAUUGUGAACGGAAGUGGAAUUUAAGUGGUCCUCCAUAUGUCGUUGACUCCAAUACCCAAAGUCCUGGCCAUCCUGAGCCAAGGAUAAUGGGAUUUGCAAUCCAACAACAACUGGAGGGCAACCAAUUAUCCUUUCCUGCUCUUUGUGGAGAUGGUCUGAGUGAGCAAACCACAAAGGAAGGAUAAGGAUGGAGAUGUGGCCUUGUUGACAUGACUCCCGUUCUUUGGACCUCGUUUCCUUUCAGCAUCACGGCCCUUAAUGUGAGUGGAUCCCGACACUUUCCUUCUCUUCUCCAAAGGUGUCACAAGGCUCUGAUUUGUGACGAAAAGUAGUUGCUGUUUGCCUCUGAAGUCUGAACCUUUUGUCUUGCUCUCCUUGAUGGCCUGCCAUAAUCGUUAUUAUGGUGCCUCCCAACUUUUGCCGUCCUCCCGGACACAAUACUUCGAUCUCAAGACAAAUUGGGCCUGCGCUGAUGCUGGAGGCUCUUGCGACCCACUUCCCAGCAUGCCAAUAUUCAGGAAUUGCUGCAACGCAAGAGAGAAAUCCAUUCUGGGUGUUUUGUCCCCUGGUUUAAUGACAUUUAGAACUAGUGAUUAAUUUGUUAGUUGCAAGGGGAAGUUCCAACAGGAAAAGGCUGUUGGGAGAAAGCAAAACCAUUCUAAAAUACUGACUUGCUCCUUGAGUUUUGCUUUUUCCUACCAUUUUUGUACGGUUGUCCUUCCAAGCUGGGCUAAUUUAUAAGCCAAUUUCCCCCCAACUGUAGUCAGAAUCUGCUCCCUCCCAACUGCUACUAAGUUGGAGCCUUGCUCCAGUUAACAGGCUUUUCUUCCUCAUUUAUGUACAUAUUACAAAGGUUAAAGAAAAAGUCCUGUCUGGACUGUUUAAACUUGCAAGGAAUAGCUGCCUUACCCUUAUGCAUCCAUGUUUCUUUCACAAGUGUAGAAACACUUUUGUUUUUCUCCUUUUUGGAUCUUGCAAACGUCCAAUAAAGAAGUAAUAUUACAUAG